AUGGCGGAGACGGCGCUUGGCAUGGCUACCACACUGGUGGGCAGCGCGCUCGGCGUCGCCUUGUCAGCGGCAAGGGAGGAGAUGGGCCUACUGCUCGGGGUGCAGGACGAUAUCUGGUACAUCCUCUAUAUAUCUCCUUUUGUUCUCCGUAGCAUUAAGAGAGGGUAUUUUAGUAAUUGA